AUAUCUAUCUCUUGAAAGUGUUCACAAAGACAUCUGAAGUGAAGGUUCGAUUUACUUGUACAGUUGAAUAAACUUAACGUAGAUUUAAUAUUUAGUAAAAACUGAUAGAAAUUUAUGGAUCAUGGAGUGAAUUUAUAAUAGAUCUUUCGAGAAUGUCUGGGAAUGUUUUUUGCUCGAUAUCAAACGAUUUGUGUUCGUACGAAAGUAUAUACUAUUUGACCAGUGGACAUUUCAGUUGUACGAAGCAGCAAGAAAACGUAUACUUGGCAUUUUGUAUUUAUACGUGAUGUACUUUGGUUAUUAUACGGUAAAGAAAUUAAUGUAGUUUUUUGGUUCAUGGGUGCUUCACAUACGAGAAAAAGAAAUACCAAAAUGAACAGACCUACUUCAAAUUCUGAAAAAACAAGUGGAGAGAGUCAUCCUAGCAGUAGUGCAAGACCGUUAUCUAUAGAAGGACCACGUACUUCAAAUAAUCAAAUUCCACCACAACCAUUGCCAGAACAGCCAAGACAACCUACUGAUCUUCAAGGUCUUCUGCGAUUUGCUAUUGAAGCAUCUCAAGCAGAAGGUGUAACACAUGAGCCUCAAUUUCAACCUUUAGAUGAAGAAAAGAAAAAAUUCUUAACCGAAGCUUUAUCCUCAUUAACUGUAAAUGUGAUAGAAGAAUUGCAGAAAGCUAUAAAAAUUUUAUCAAAUGUUGUGGAUCUUCGACCUGAUGAUGAUUCCUUUAAAUAUGAUGCAGCUCUUGAGCGAAUUGCAGAUUUUGUGGAUAGUAUUGAUAUUGCCAAUGAUUUUUACAAAAUUGGUGGCUUUUCAAUAUUUGGUCCAUGUCUGAAUUCUUCUCACAGUAGCAUCAGGUGGAGAACAGCAGAUAUAAUUGCUGAGUUGACACAAAAUAAUCCAUUUUGUCAACAAAGAAUUUUAGAAUGUGGAUUAUUUCCAAUAUUGUUAGGAAUGGUAGAUAAGGAUCCUUCAGAAGCUGCAAGAAUCAAAUCUUUGUAUGCUAUAUCAUGUAUAGUAAGAGGACAACCAAUGUCUUUACAAUACAUAGACAAAAAUGAUGGUUAUUCUGUUCUUUUAAGAGCUAUGCAAAGUUCAGUAAAAAAAUUACAAAUAAAAUCUGCCUUUUUACUCUCAUCACUUUGCAACAAAGAUAAUUCAGAUAAUUUAAAAAUAACUUUUGUUAAUAUGGGAUUAAUUGAACAAGCAACUGGAUUAUUAGCAUCAGAUAAUAUUUCUCCAGAAAUAAGAGAGCAGUUAUUAAGUAUUCUUACUGGCUUAACAAACAAUACCUUUUUGCCAGCAUUACGAGAAUGUCGCAGACCAGAACUCUGUUUAAAAACAACACUUGAACAAUGUCUAAAAGAGUUAACACCAGAAAAUAAAGAAGAAAUAGAUAUGUGUCACCAAUUAUUAGACAAAAUAUUUUCUGAUAAUGAUAUUGUUGAAGAAAGAUAGUGGAAUAUAUUUCCGAUUGUAUUACAUGAAAUUAUGAUUGUAAAAACAAUUUAAUAACAAGGAUAACAAUGACAGUGCAUCUAGUA